CAAAUGUGUUUCUAUUAUUUAUAUGAAAAUACGUAUAAAUACAUGAAGUCGAUAAAAAAGUUAUUGCACAAAUCUUCAAGGCUUUGGUCAAUAAACAUGAGGACAAGUUUUGUAACAGAGUAUUCUCCCCUAGAAACAAGUCCAACAUUGAACAUGUGUCAAAUGACUCAGGAGUGAUUUCUGUUGUUGAUUUUGUUUAUUGACAAUUUACAAUCUAUCGAUAGCAGUUUUGAUAAAAUUGUAUGUGACGUAUGUUUGGACCAUAAUUUGUUUAAUCAUACAGACGACAUGGAAGGUGUUUCAAUGUUUUCCUCCAACGCUGAUAGUGUAUUGUCCAGAACAGUGGGAAGCCAGGCAUUGCCAACUGACCAUACCCAGUUAGAUGUUGUAUAUGAAAUCAACAGAACACUUCAUUGGAUCAAGGAAAAUGGUUUCAAAAGGGUUGCCUUACAGUUCCCAGAUGAAUUGAUGGGAGAUGCUGUGUCUGUUACCAAGCAGUUAGAGAGACUGGUGCCUGAAGACGCUAGGGUCUUCAUUCUGGGGGAUACUUCAUAUGGAAGUUGCUGUGUGGAUGAAGUUGCGGCCCAACACUACAAUGCAGACUGCCUUGUGCACUACGGACGCUCCUGCCUCAGUGUACCUGCCCGGAUAGCCACGCAGUUUGUGUUCGGUCGCCUCCCCCUCGACCUGGAUGACCUUGCAGACAAGGUCACAGUGCUGUUCCCGUCUGCAGACGCGAACGUGAUCCUCGUGUACGACUCUGUCUUCCAGUAUGCUUGUGAUGACAUUGUAAAGAAACUGCCUCAAUAUACUGGAAUUAGCUUGUCUGUGCUGGCGAUUGACAAGGAUAAACUCCAGCCGGAUGACAAAGGCUCACAAAUCAUUCAGAAAUGUAGUCGAGUGAUAAAGAUUCCCCAAGACAAGCAGCUAGAGUCGUAUUCCUUUCUUUAUAUUGGGUCAGAAAGCCUUACUUUGACUAAUUUGAUGUACAAUUUCCAGUCAAGUACGUUUUUCUCCUAUAAUCCUAUCACUAGAACUGGACGAAAGGAAAGUGUAAAUGUAAAUAAAAUGUUGAUGAAGAGAUAUUUCAUGAUCGAAAAAGCUAAAGAUGCUAAUAUAGUAGGAAUUUUAGUUGGAACAUUGGGCGUUGCAAAUUAUCUUGACAUCUUAAACAGGUUGAAGCUGCUGAUUAAAAAUGCAGGAAAGAAAAGUUAUGUGUUUAUUGUUGGGAAAAUAAAUGUGGCAAAACUGGCUAAUUUUAUGGAGGUAGAUGUUUUUGUGCUGAUUGCCUGUGCCGAGAAUUCGCUUCUGGACUCAUCGGACUUCUACAAGCCAGUUGUUACCCCAUAUGAGAUGGAGUUGGCCUGUAUUCCAGGCAGAGAGUGGACUGGCGAGUACCCUACAGCAUUUGGCCAGCUUCUUGAAGGUGGAAGUCACCACAUGCCGGUUCCCGACAAAGUCACAGGGGAAGAGACAGACGUCUCCUUGGUAACAGGAAGGAUUAGGAGGUCAGGGGUCGCUGGGGAUGUUGCAAUGGAGACGGGGUCGGCCCUCAUGGUGAGAGAUGACACCCUCACUGUGGCCACACAGGCUCAAUCAGCAGGUGAAUAUUUGAGUAUGCGAUCCUGGAAAGGUCUUGAGCAGAAGCUUGGAGAAACCCCGGUCACUAGGGCUGUUGAAGGUCAGAAGGGCAUCGCUAUGGGUUACCAAACAGAGCCCGGCAACCCCUAGGCUACUGCCAUAUGAGAUCAUCCCAGUAGGAGUGUAGUUGGUUCUCUGGUGACAGUACCUGGAGUGGCUGCCUCAAGGUUGUUGGCAUGUUGCUGUCAUUCUGCAAACUAACCUCUCCAAUAUGCAUCAAUACCUGGCGUAUUGUUUGACUACAUUGAAGACAAAUCAUUAGAAGUCAUUAUUCAAGGACAGAUUUCGUUCAGUCAACAGGCUACUGUCGAUAGUGACAAAGUGCUCUUAGAGAAUUCUUCUAUAAUGAUACUUAUAUUAUUAUAUUAUUAUUAUGCUCGUGCAUACAAUUAAAUCUAUAUUCAGUGA